AUGAUGCAAAGAACCCCGAAACGAAUCGUCCUUCGUUUCCACGAGAAAUAUGAACGUGAACCAGGAACAAUCAUAGAAAAAUUCUUUGAGACAGUCAAGAUUGAUCCUGCAGACGACUACUUUCCACAUCUAUGCCCUCCAGAUGACUCCACAAAGAUGCAUGUUGUCAUCGAUCUCUAUUGCAAAUCAUCCCCCUCUGUAAACCUUGAUCAAGUCUCGCACGAGGUUUAUAGGGUCAAAAAGACGGAUGACUUCACAUAUCAGAAACUCGCCCCCAAUGCCUUCAUCCGAUGA